GCCCCGCCCCUACUGGCUGCCAUGACAACGAGUCAGCGCCCUGAGUUCAGCUACUGCUCCGGCGGGACCCAGGCUGGACCGCGGGCCCCGGCCUGGGGGCCACAGCUGCCACCGCCGCCACCUCGCCAUCUCCCCGUCCCCGCCCCGCCCCGCGUUUCCCUGCCUCUUUCGGGCCGGAGGCCGGGGUCCCUCCCCGGCGCCCCACCUCGCGCGGAUGCCGAAGGUGAAGGCGCUGCAAUGCGCCCUGGCGCUGGAGAUCCGCUCUGUAACUUGUCCAGGAGUGGUGCUGAAAGACAAGGAGGACAUCUAUCUUAGCAUCUGUGUGUUUGGCCAAUAUAAGAAGACACAAUGUGUCCCAGCCACUUUUCCACUAGUCUUCAAUGCCAGAAUGGUGUUUGAAAAGGUGUUCCCUGAAGCAGUAGAUCCUGGAGAUGUGGUUGCACAACUGGAAUAUGACACAGCAAUGUUUGAAUUGAUACAACUAGUUCCACCAGUGGGUGAAACAUUGUCUACAUAUGAGGAAAACACACGAGAUUUCAUGUUCCCGGGUCCAAAUCAAAUUUCCGGACACCAUGAUUCAAACCGUCAGGUUACCAUGAGAAGGAUUUCUGGCUUACGAGGAAUUGCUCCAAAGCUGGAAUUUUCUACAACUUCAGUGAUUACUGAAUGUCUGAUAAGUUCAAGGAAGUGCCGUGCUCAGGAUAAAUUUACCUACCAUUCAGCUCCAGUUGAAAAAUCACAUGGCAGACCACAAAACAGAACAUCAAGAUCACAAAAGAAAAAAACCAAGUCACCUGAGAGAAGUAAAUAUUGCGUAAAUGCAAAGAACUACGAACAGCCCACAAUUUCUUCAAAAUCACACUCUCCAUCUCCGUAUACAAAAAGACGGAUGUGUGAACUGUCGGAAGACACCAGGCGGCGGCUGGCCCAUUUAAAUCUAGGACCCUAUGAAUUCAAAAAAGAAACAGAUAAACCGCCAUUUGUAAUUAGACAUGUUGAUCCCCCGAGUCCCAGGACUGAUACUUUGUUUGCACCUUCCGGCAGAGACUGUGAAAGAGAUGGGUGGGCCAGGGUGCACAAUGAUCAUUCUCAUCUUGGCUGCUGCCGGUCUAAGGAUUAUAAGCAGGUCAUCAGAACACCCCAUGGAAGAGACUUUGAUGACUCUUUGGAAAGGUGUGAAGAGUACUUGAGCCCAAGGUCAUGUAGCAAGCCCCAGCACUCAGCAAGGACCCUACUCGUCCACUCAGCACCCUCGACUUUGCCGAAGCAUUCUCAGAGCCCUGUGUUAAACAGAGCUUCGCUCAGGGAAAGAUUCCAUUCUGAUUGGUGUUCACCUUCAAACUGUGAGGAGAUUCAUGACCGGGUAAAAAAUGUCUUGAAAUCACAUCAGGCUCAUCCAAGACAUUUAUAUGAUGAGAGAGACACAGAGAAAGACGAAGAACUAGAGCUGAAAAGAAGUCUUUUGUACAGAGACUGUGCCUAUGACAGUGACCCUGAGUACAGCUCAUAUCAGCGGCCACAUGGCAACCUCCAUUUGGAUGAUGGUGAAUACUGGUCCAACAGGGCGUCCUCCUAUAAAGGAAAAUCCCACCGACCCAUCUUUGAGAACAGCAUGGACAAGAUGUAUAGGAACUUAUACAAAAAGGCCUGUGGCUCUGUUUCGCACACACAGGAAACCUUCUGAGACUAUCCACGAUAAACUCUAUGAGUGUCCAUGUCACCCUCUCAAUGAAAAUGUUUGAUGUGAUCAAUAUCUGCACUCCUUUUUUAAAAAUAAGUGGUUCUUUAAGUAGUGAGACUUGAAUCAUUUCUUACUGCAAAAUGAUGAAUUAUUAUUAUUAUGUCUUUAUUACAGAAGAAUGUGCUGUGUUUCAAAUAUCAAAGCUCCACAGUACAAUCACAACUUCUGAUCUGUGACAAGGGUGUCCCCUCACAUGUAUCUCACACCGCCAUCUACAAACUAAAGAACAGAUUCUCUAGAAAAGCUCUCCUGUUUUAAUUACUUUGUAAUUAUCUUUUCAACUGCUUGACUGAUUAUCUUAUGUGGAUAAGGUAUAAUUAAUAUUAAUUCCCUUUUCUUGAUAAUCAGGAAAAAAUCUAUUGAGAAAUGAAUUUCCUAGGAGUUUAAACCAUUUUAAUUGUGUUUUCUAGUUUUCUGUCCCUCAGAAAAGGCUAUUUGUAUUUCUUAGCUCAUAAUAAAUAGCUUUCUUAUUAAAUGUUUCACUUUGAAUAUAAUGCAGGCAUUCACUCCUCAGGAAGAACUGCUUCAGUUACCUAAAUACAUAACUGUUAACUAGAAAUAACUGUUAACUGUUAACUGUGAAUCCAAAAUGUGAAUGCCUUUUUCUUUUUUUAGAAUUCUUUGUAUGAUUUUCUUUUAUGGCCAUGCCUUUUUGUACUAUACAAUGAAAAUAGCUUUUGUUAGUAAGUGUAUAGAAAUUGAAAAAAGAAAAAAAAAGGGCAUUACAUUAUAAUUUAACCUUUUUGACAUUAUCAUAGGUAUCAUAAUGCCCAAGAAAGUCGAAACCUCACUUUGAAUAACAUAAUACAGUGGAGUGCUUUUUAGUAGGCAUUUGAAAAUCUGUUGGUAGUAUGACAAAAUUAGUUUUUUGUUCCUCUGAAGACAGUGAUACUUAAGGUCUAAAGAAAUCAGUUACCAUGUUUACCAGAGGGUGAGAAGAGAAAACCAGAAAUAAAUGUAGUUUGCUUUUAAGAUUGAAGAGCUGACUACAAGAUAGUAUUUUAUUGGUUGAUUCUACAGUUAUAAGUUAGAAAGAAAACAAUUGACUUGCACUUCAUUUAAAUUGAAAUUAAAAUGUAAAAUUGGUUACAUUGUUGGGAAAAAUAUAUUUGUUAUCCAAUGAUAGACCAUGUAAAUAUCGUAUUAAGAAUGUUUUUUGAGUUGUUGGUAGGAUGACAGCAAUGAAAAGGGAUGCCAUAAAUGUGGGCAGCCAGGGAGAGUCUGGCGUGUUAGGGCGAAGUAUAAUACAGCACGUUAGAGGCUUUAAGAAAUCAUGGUGUCAACCCAUGCUGGUAUCCAAUAAAGAGUCUGGCACAUAAUUGAUAGCCACCACUCUUUGUUCUCCCAGCUGCCCAUUUCUUCAACUCAGAAUGCCGUUCUCAGGUACAUGUGGACCCUGACUGUCAAAAUGCAGGACCGUAUGGCCACUGAGUUACCCUCUGGCUGAGGGUUAUGUGAUGAUAUUCUGCACAGUAAGCUUGUAAAGGUUAUUAUUGAGCAUAGUAAGCAUAUUCUCAAUGAAAAUUAAUGUGUUUUUCUGUGGGAAAAAAUUUUUAAAAGUCCUCCAUUUAAAAGUUGCCACUGAUGAAACAAGUGACUAUGUUCAUCCCAGAAAAUAUUCUAUUACAAAAAGUCUCCUAAGUAAUUAAGCACCACAGAAAUUACUUGUUGUAUGUAUAUCUGCUAUUACCUAUGGAAACAGCCAUGAAAAGUAAGACAAAGAGAGAGAGAGAGAGCGCUUUGUAAACUAAUACUGUGAAAGACAUCUUUUUCUAUAAGUUAAAUUUAGCAUCCUUGUGAAGGAUGGGGCAGAUUCCCAGGUAUCUGGCAUCUCUGCUGUGUGUGUGAUCAUCUUCCCUAAUAGGGGAAGGAUUGAUUGUUAUUGUUCAGUCACUUUGAAUUCUUAUGUUGUAUCGUUUUGAAAGAGUAAACCUUUAAGUACUAAUGAUUGUAUUUUCUCAUUCAUAGAAGCAAUUGUUUAUUCUCUUAUAUAUUUUUUUCUAUAUUUGUCAUAGGCCUGAUAAUAACCAUUGGACUUUGUAAGAAAGAUAGUUCUUUUUCAUCUUUCAAUAUAUUUUUCUUUAUAUAAACAAACAGAAAUUUUAGUAAAGGAAAAUGUUAAAUUUAACAAAGAAAUAAGGGUGUUAUUCCUUAUUUACAUAAGGUUACAUAAGGAAGAUCAGUCCUUCUGUAACCUUAUGUCCCUUAUUCCUCUUGAAAUUUACUUUUUUCACAUAAAAGAAGAUAAAGGGGAUAAUUUGAAAUGAUAUUUUAACAUUCCAACAUUUUUACAAUUGUGUAAUUAAUGCAGAUGAUCAAGCAAUCUUGGGUAAAUAAUUGUGAUCUGAUUUCAGAGAUUAAGCUCCUGAUUAAGAAUUAGGUGCGUGGGCUGGGGAUUUGGCUCAGCGGCACAAGCGCCUACCUUGCAAGUGCGCAGUCAUGAGUUCAAUCCCUGGUACCGAUUAAAAAAAAAAAAAAAAGAAUUAGGUGCAGAUGGAGAAUUUUCAUCAUUUAUUUACUAACAAUAGCUGUAUUGAGAUAGAAUUAAUUUUAUUAAAAUAUAUAAUUAACUGAUUUUUGCUGUAUUCUGUGUUUUAUAACCAUAACCACUAAAUAAUUACAGAAUAUUUAUCACCCUAAAUAAAUUCUGAACCUAAUAGCAAUCAGUUCCCAUUUUCUAUUCCCUCAGCUCCUGGAAAGUACUAAACUACUUUCUUCUCUAUUCUGGACAUUUCAUGUAAAUGGAAUCAUAUGUGACCAGCCAUGUCUGUCUGCUUUCAUUUAGCAUAAUUGAUAUUUCGGGAUUUGUCUACCUUGUAAUGUACUAAAUGCCUUUUUUAAAUUACUAAAUAACCAUUUUAUGAACAUACUACAUCUUGUUUGUCCAAUCAGUUUAUAGACAUUUGAGUUGUUUGUUUCUACUUUGGGGGCUUUAUUAAAUGUUGAUCAGAAGUUUCAUGUAUUUUUGUGUAGAAAUAACAGUUCUAUUUCUUGUGAGCACUCACCUAGGAGUUGAAUUGUUGUGUUAUGUGAACACAAGUGCCACGGUCCAUGGUGGCCUACUCUUCUGAGGACCAUGUCAGUCUUUGCCACUGAGGACCUCAGAAUCUCCAAGUUCUGUCACAGAUCUCACAUGAAUUUUGCUAUAGGUGGUCCCACCUUCAUAGAUCUGAGGUGCCUGACUGGAGCUACUUCAACUAGUGCCACUGUGGCACCAGUUUCUAGUAUAAUUGGUAAAAGCAUGCUUGACACAGACACUGACCCAGUGUCCAUUUCCAGAUUUAGCCAUCUCCUGGCCUAUAAAAAUGUUUCAUGGCUACAUGCAUGCAUACAGCUGCUCAGGCAGCUGCUAUAGUGUGUGUGAGUACUGCUUCAUCAUUGAAUGUGCGUGUGCACCACGCUCUCACACUGCACAUAAGCCUAUUGCUGGCUGUUUGUAUACUGCUAUAUGCACCUCUGCACACAUGCGUGCUCCCUGCCACUACUUAUCAUCACAUGGGCCCAUUGGCCUCGGCUGUUACCACUGCAAGUGCACUCACCAUCCUCCAUGCCUUGCGUAUGUUCACAGAUACCUCUGCCUCCACUGUUGGCCACCACGUGAGCUCAUGUCACCAGCCCUGCCCUUACCUACUCAUAAGGACUCAUCACUGGACCCAGAGGCCCCCCCCCGCCCAUGACCAUCAAUCCUCAUAGAUGUUACAGAACCUCCACAUCAUUGGCUGCCGAGGUCCACACAGUUACCAAUGUUGUGGACUCCACAUGCCUAAAUUCUGCUGUGAAACUGCUCUUCUCUUUCUGAUGUGGAGCUGUGGGAUGCCCCCCUUCAUUUGGCUAGCUAGAUACAGUGCCACUUCAUGCUUCUGCCUUUCCUGGCAGUGAAGAUCAUUUUUUACCAGAGAUAAGUCUGGUAAGUCUGCUUCACCAAAUGUAUAGAUACCAGUGCAAGGAUACAAUGAAUAAGAAUAUCGGGAAACCAGGGUAUCAUCAAAAAAAAAGUAAAGUUGCAGUGAUUUACUCCAAAGAAAUGGAAUGAACCAUUUCUCAAUUCAGAAUACUACUAUAAAGAAACUUUAUAUACUACAAGAAACUUAGUGAGAUACAAGACUAAACAAAGAAUGUAACAAAAUGAGUAAAAUAAGCUCAACAAAGAAAAAAUUCUUGAGCUGAAAAAUAGGAACUGAAGAACAGCAGAGAGCUUCAGUAUAAUGAAAGAAUCAGUGUACUCAAAGAUAGGUCCUUUGAAAUUUUCUAAUUGUAGGGGGAAAGGAAUAGAAAAUAUUGAAGCAGUUAUACAGGAUUUCUGGGAAAUAUAUGCAUUGUGGGAGUUGCAGAAAGAAGAUACAGAGGAGCAGAAUGCUUAUUUAAAUAAAUAACUGAAAACUUUCCAAAUUUGUGAUGUAUACAUCUAAACCCAAGAUGUACUUCCCAAGAUACAGAGAAAAUCCAAACCUGAUUGAACAUGAAGCCUACACUAAGACACAUCAUGACUGAACUGCCAAAAGUGAAAGACAUAGCAUUUUGACAUCAGUGAGAAAUGCAGCUUGUCACAUACAGGUAAACCAGACUAUCUGGAUUUCUCAGCAGAAGCCUGGGAGCCCAGGAAGUGCAACCAAAGUACUAAAAGAAUCGACAGCUCUUUUAAUAAUACGCUAUCUUACAAAGCUACUCUUUAAAAUGGAGAGAAGAAUAAGUGGUUUUCUGAAAUAAAAGAGUUGUUCAUACCAAUACACUACCCUGUGUAAGGGAGUUCUUCAAAUGUAAUAACAAACAUAUACUAUAAGUAAUAACAUAGCAUGUGAAAGUAUAUCUCACAGAUGAAGGUACAGAGUCAAAUUUAGUAUAAUUAAUAUUGCGGUGGUAGUUUGUAAGUUACCUGUAACACUAACAUAAAAGUUAGACAAAAAUGUUAGGGCUGUACCCACAAAAACUCACUAAUAGAUUCCUAUACAAAAUAAUACAUUCUGACCCAGGAAAAUGAUGUACGGGAAUGUACAAGGAGAUAAGACUUUCAGGUUUUUGUAUAUAAUUGAAAUUUAAUUAUUAGUAAAAAUAGAUGGCUUUAACUACUAAAAAAUUCAAACAAGCCUCAUGGUAACCAUAGGGGAAUUUGAGGCAGACGGAAAGUUAAAGGGUCUCAGUGAGGUUUCUGGCAAAUAAAGUGUUACACCUCUGGUAGAGAGGGUCACCUCAGGUAGAGCUGAUAAGGCCUGGCUUAUUUCAUGCCAAAGUUCAGUACUCUCUUUCAUCCACGUCCAGUUAAACACAAAAAGGAACAAAGCCGGGAGGGGACAUUAUUAUAAAAGAACAGUAGGUAAAAUAUACACUAACACCUCGACACACACACAUAUAUAUAUAUAAAUACAUAUUUUCUUACAUUAAGACACUAAAACAUAUGAGUUUCUUUAUUAACUUGGUUUUUGUUUUUUGUGUGCGUGUGUGUUUUUGUACCUGGGGAUCAAACUCCUGAUCACACUUGCAAGGCAGGCACCUAUUAUUACCUUGUUCUUGAAUGUCAGGCUCUGCUGUUAACCUACAAGAUAAACACUAGACAGGACAAAGGGGCCACAUACAUGUAGAAAUGUACAUAGUUUGUGCAGCAUGGCUGCACAGAGGAGCUACAUUGGGGUUACUCAGACAAAAUCAAUUAAAAAUACAGGUAACUGGAUGAAAGAGUGGGAUAUACACCCUGAUGCCAAAAUUAGUCUGAAACAAGAGAUUUGCAGAUCAAACAAAACAUAGGCGUAGGCCUUUACAGUGAGGCAGCCCACAGUGCUGCCACAGGCAAGGCCCCUCGCCUAUUCUGCCUUCUGCUAACAGGACACUGAUAUUGCAGCCUGGGAACAGAUAUCACCUGUAUAUUCAGGAGUGAGUGACCAGGAGUCUGCUCUUUCUCCAGUGGGCUGAUAGUUGCUUUUUGUUUUGUUUUCCUUAAUUUGUUGUGCAUCUCGGCAGCUAACUGGAAUCUCUAGCAACAGUAAAGUCAGGGACCACAGUGGCUGCCACAAAGGGAAUGAGUAGAACAGCACGAUCUUUCUUGCCCUGUUCCAGCAAUGUGAGAGAGGAGGAUGUGGGAUUUAAACAACCUUAAGCCAUGGCGGGGCAAUGAGUGGGAAGUCAGCACUCCCCCAACCCUGCUCCCUCCUAUUUUGGGAGCAGUGAGUUGGCCAACAACACUCCCUAUGCCCUGCUCCCAGCUGCAUGACAAGAGAGACUUGGCAGCAAGAUGGAGCAGGAGGACACAAUUGUGUGACACUGGGAACAACCUCAGCCUGUGUUUGAGCCCCAGCAGCUGAGAGAGAGCUUCAGAGAUAAACAAGGAGAGCUGCAAAGCUGAGCUGCAGAGGGACGCACAGAAAGUUGCUUAUUUUUUUUCUACAUUUUCUUUAAAAAAAAAAAUUUAUAAUAUAGCAACUUGCUUUUUGUUUGUUACUUGCUAAUCAAGAUUUAAAAGUCUCAUGUGAUUGGCCAACUCUUAAACCUUACUGCAAGGGAUGAUAAAUACAGUGUUAUUAUUGCAAUUGUUUGCCAUUGUGCUGGGCACCUUAUAGUCCAGUGGAAUUGUAAUCUCAUCUAUGAUACAUAAAUUUCUUAGUUCCUAAGUGAGCCUUAAAAAUUAUUUUCUUGCUAGAUGUUUUACCUUUUCUCAUUCACUAUGAGAUGAACAAUUAUCUUCUGGCAUUCAAAUUAUCCCACUCUUAUCUAGAAGCUUGUUAAUUUAAGUAAUAAUCACUAUAAAUUACUGUAGUAUAAAUUACAUAGAGUAUAAAUUACAUAGUAUAAAUUACUAUGUGACUAAGCAAAUUAGUGAAACAGUCUUUUAUGAAAAAAACAAAUCAUGGUAUGGUACAGUUCACUACAUUUAAAUUGGGCUAAAUCACAAGUGAACUACAUUAGAAUGUUUUCUAAUUUGUAUGGUAUUUGAUUGUUUACAGGUUUGAGGAGAAUGAAAAUAUAUUUAUUUUACUUCCUAUCCCAACUUGUAUAGUUCUAAAACUUUAUGCACCAAGAGAAUUAAAUUAAUCUUUACAAAGGGCUACUAUCAGUAUUUGGUGAUUUACAUACAUUGAUUUUCCCAGCAUGUCUAUGAGCUAUAGUAGGUAUAUGUAGUGCGAUUGAAAGAUACUGUGAAUGUUUACAUUUUAAAAAAUGUAUUAUGGUAAAAGACACCUUGUCAUUAAUCCUCUUACCUGAACAAACAUCCCAGCACCCUUGCCACUUUCUGAAAUUGCUCUGAGAGUCCUUUUGUGUGACGGUUGUUAGUUGCCUUUUUUUUUCUUUUUCCUUUUUAUCGGUACCAGGGAUCAAACUCACAACUGCCUGCUUGCAAGGCAGGCCAUUAUGCCUCUGAGCUAAAUCCCCAGCUCCUUAGUUGUCUAUUGUAGCUGCCUCUAAACUGAUUCAAAAUGUUUACCUUUCAUCAUUUUGACAAUAUAGAAGAGCUGGAGGUUGAGCAGUGCUAGAUCUAGUGAAUAACAUGGAUGAUGACACACUGUGAUGUUUUUAGAAUCUACCUUGCUACUGAAUGACAGUGUCUGCAUUAACUGUAUAGUAUUUUUUAAUCACAUCUCAUAAAGAUAGGGGAGAAGACUUUCAGAACUGCUUCAGGAAACAGCAAGAAUGAUGAAAUUAGUGUAUUUGAAAUCAGGGAUACAAUUUUGAGGGGGGUUAGUGGAAAUGUAUCUCAUACUAAGUUUAAAUUUAAAUAUUCACAGUAUAUUUUGAUCAUUCUGGAUAAGUAGUCUGGUUUUACUAUUACUUUUUUUUUUUUUUUCUUUUUUGGUACCAGGGACUGAACUCAAGACCUUGUACUUGCCAGGCAGGUAUUUAUGACGCUGAGCUAAACCUCCCCACCUCCUGCCCUUUUUAAAUUAUUAAAGAGAAUAAAACCCAGGAAAAUAAAACAAUAAAAGCAAUCAAAACAAACCAGUGUAAGUGAUACAGGAUUUCCAAACCUUACAAAAUCAACAAUAGUUACGAUAAUGCCUCUUCCUGUCUUUAAAACAGCUGCAGAUACCUUCGGACAUAGUAAAAAUCAAACAGAACAGAAUAGAAACAAUAAAAACAAAAUAAUAAAUGCAAAAAAAGGACUUCAAAACAAUCAACAUAAUAUAUAUUGCUAUCCUUUAAAUAGCUGCUCCUGCCAUCAGAUUUAACAUAAAGAGAAUAAGCCUAAAACAAACAGCAAUGAAAAUGAUGUGGUUUCCAGGUAAGGGUCACUUCCUGGUGAAGCCUGGUUCUCUCUCUUUCUGCAUUUUGCAAAUGGCAGACUCGGGGAGAGAGACUUGGGUCUGGUUGUCCUGACUCUGGCAGUGGCCCAUGCAUGGCUCUGGUUUCCAGGCUGGGAUCACCUCCUGGUGAGGCCUGGUUCUUGCUCCCCACAGUCCACAAAUCAAUAAUCUAUUUUAUAGACUAGGACACUGAUGACCAAACCACUGUGACUGGUCAGUGAAAAAACAUCUAACUGGUAACGCUUGGAAUUGAUUCUAAACCCAUCUGCCUCUCAACUAAAUAAGUGGUUAAAAAUCUCACUUUGUUACAACUUAUGUAUUCAAAUGAUGUAGCUAGUAGUACAUCUUCAGAAAAACCUCAGUGAAUUAAAAUGAAAAAUGAACUAACAUUAAUUCAUUAAAAUUCAGAACAAAUUUCCAACCCCUAAAUAUUAAAAAUGAACAAAGCCAAGAAUGGACAACUAUAUGAAAUAAAUGUCUUGAAGAUUUAUUGUAACUGACCCAAGAUUUCAUGGAAAUAGUACCAAAAAAGGACAGUGUACUUCCCGAUGCAGUAAAAAUUUAAACAAAUUUACCUUUUUGAGUUUAUGAUAUAGUUCAGAAAGAUGAAAGAAAUCUUUAAGAAAAGACAAUGUCCUGGAACAUACGUAGUAAAAUAGAAUUGUUAGAGGCUUCAUGAAACUAAUUCCUCAUUAAUUUGUUGGAGCUUUUAUUAAGUAGAAUAGUGGUAUAUGAAAACAAAGGUUUUGAAAAUGUUUGUGCUCCUGUUGUUUUUCACCUAGUACCUAUGUGUAUUUCUAUUACUAGAUAACCUAGUUUAUUUUCUUAUGGCUGAGACAAAAUACAUCACCCCCCAAGUUAAGGGAAGAGUAUAUAGAGGUUUCUGUUCCCACACGGUAGAGGGGCCAGAGUUCAUGGCAGUGAAAGACAGCAAAAGCAAGCGGGGGACGAGAAUGAGAGGGAGACAAGCCUCUUUCUGUCCCUUGUAUUGUAUACAAGCUACCUGCCUUAUGACAGGUGUAGCACUCACGUAAUCCCAGCUUUGGACCAUGAAUCAAUCACAAACUCUAGAAACCUGCCUCCAUGACUGCAUGAGGCUUUGGGAGCGGGGACAUCUAGGCACAAACCAUAACAUCAGAGGUGAACUGCAAUGUUGCAUAGCAGAAAAACCACUUCCAACGUUUCUGACCUUCCCUUUUGUCUUCCAAUGAAAUAAGACAAUAACAUUAAUCUGCCGUCUUCAGCAAAAUAUUAUGAUUAGAUGGGAGAACAUGUGGGUAUUCUCCGACAAAUACUAGACACUAUCAGGAUAACUUGCUUUCAUGAGUGAUCCAGGGAAAGGAAGUUGUAGUUUGUGAAGAGCUCCAAUUGGCCUAAGAGCAAUAUGUUGUAUACACUCCAGAUUUCCUCCCCUGAGUUUGUCACCUCUGUGUUAUCAACCUUUAUAAAUAGGUUUCUCCCUAAUAAAAUGGAAGAUAUUUUCAUAAAGUUGUUGUGAUUAUUUAAAACCCAUGGAGACAGUGUUAUGAUUAAAUUAGUUAACAAUUAAGUAUUUAAAACAAUACCCAAAACAUGGUAAAAACUAUAAAUGAUAUUUAUCAUUGUUUUUGUAUUUUGCAGACAAUCUAUUGAACUCAUAAGAUAUUUACUUUCUGAAACAGUAUAGCUUAUUUUUCUCUUACUAAUAUAGUUUUUUAAAAGUUUAUUAGUACAUAUUUGCAAUUCAUAGAGUUUAAAAUCAUCGUGAGGAGUGAUUCCAUAUACAUAUUACAGCUUUUUUUCUCUUACGUUUAUUAAUUCUGUUUUUAAUAAAAAGUGCUGUUGUAAGGUAAUCUACUACUUAACAAAGACAUGUUAAAUAUACUUUGAAUUUUCCUAAAGGAUAGAAAAUUUUAUGCUGUAUUAUUCCCUUUUAUAGCUAAGCAGUGGUUGUCAUAUUGUUCCUAAACUGUGUUGUGCAAUGAAUGUGUUUUUGGCAUAGAGGCUGCAAAAUCUGGAGAAGUUUUUAUUGAUAAUCCUAAGCAAAACAGUCAAAAUUAUUUCAGGUCCCCUGCAAGACAGAGGAAAAUUGUUUUUUGGUGAUUGCAACAUUUUUUUCAUAUGCACGAAAAAAGGUAGACCGUUGUCACUGUGUGCACUCAAAAGCAUUGUCAUUACACUUUCAUCUACUAGAUGGAGAAAUAUUAUCAUUUGUUAUUUCCAUAAAACCGAUGGGUUUUAAAUAAAUUUCUCCUACCUUGCAUGAAUUUAUAUAGAUAAGCGUCACCAUUUCUUAUACAUCAAAGUUUUAUUUUUAAAAAGUUCUUAUGAAUUUAGAAUGAUUAUUGUUUUUACAGCUAUUUUUCUAGAUAAAUAUUUCAAUUUUAAUUGGAUUUUCAAAUGUUAUUUUCUGAUUUUAAAAAGCAAUACUGCAUAAAAUAUACAAGAUUUAGAAAAGUAAAUAUAUAAAAGUAAGAGUGCUGAGAUACAUAGUGAUAUAUUUUUAUGCUCUACUACAAAAUUAGGUUUUAUUUUAUGAAGUAUGUAUCCUAUGAUUUAAAUGUACAUAUCAUUUCAUUUUUCUAAAAUAGAACAUAAAUGCACUUCCUGAUUAGAAUUGACUACAUAAAGUCAUCUAACCACUUCUCCAUUGUUAAAUAUUUAGUUGGUUUCCUAACUGUGCAUGCCUAUGAAAUAUUUAAACUGGAGAAAAACAUGUCUGCACCACUGGUAAGUUGCAUCAUCUAGUCUGCAAUGUACACACAGAAAAUAGACGACAAAAGAGUGGCUCUCCCUUCCCUGUUUGUUUGUCCCAGAGCCCUCCUUUGUUUAUACGCAGUUCAGCCUUAAUGCCAUUUUCAGAAGCUUUAUUUGCCUCACUUUUUUGGGUUUGAAUAAAACUUAAAUAUAAAAUCCAUCUGUGAAGCAUAUUGUACAUUCACAUGGAAGGCUAAAAACUUAUUUUUAAUUAAAACUUUAUUCGGCA